UGAAACGAUUGUUACGGUACUGUAUUACGAUUACAGUCGUAGAGUAAAAGCACGAAAAAUUUCGUAAGACAAAUUAAAUUUUAACCUUUUGUCAUUCACGCACAUCCGGCUACAAUGAAUAAAAUUAACGACUUCAAGGAACUGAUUAGAGACUAUAUUGGACCUAAUAAAAGUGUGAUCGAUACCAAAGUGAGCAAUGUUACAGCACCAGGAGAAAAUUACAUGAGUGAAAUUAUUCGAAUUCAAGUUAUUCUAAAAAAUGAAACUACGGGGAUCAAAGAGGAUUUGUCGCUUGUGGCAAAAUUGGUUAUUGAUGCCGAGAUAGCUAAUGGAGGAACUACGGCCAUAAUCACUAGAAAUGAAGUGGUGUUUUACAAAGAAUUGAUUCCUGUUAUAGAGGAAUUUCAGAGAAGACAUGAUUUACCGGUUCUAAAUAUAUUUCCAAAAUUUAUAGCUGGCAGGAUAAAUCUUAACGGUAGCGAUGUGGCUGAUACAGAUGCUGUUUUAAUUUUGGAGGACUUAUCAGAAUCAGGAUUUAAAAAUUUGGACCGGAUGAAGGGAUUUGACUUAAACGGAGCAAAAAUAGUCCUUAAUAACAUGGCAACGUUACAUGCUGAACUAUUAGCGAUGAGGCUUCUUGAGCCAGAAACGUAUGAGGCUAAAAUUAGAUCCAACGCUCGGGGUCUAAAACCCAACUACCUUGAUUUAAAGAAAAGAUCCGAAUUUUUUGAACAACCUGCAAACUUGUUGACUCUCGUCGAAGACAUAUUAAAAACUGAUAAAGAAUGUAGUAGUCAAUUAGCACAGUUUAAAAAUUUUAUUGUAAAGUUAAAGACAGGGCUUCGACAAAAUACUGAAAAUUACUUUGGAAAGAUGGUGAGAGAUGACUUUGAGACUUUAGUGCAUUAUGACAUGUGGACCAAUAAUAUUAUGCAGAGGUUUGAAGAUGGAAAUCCAGUACAAACUGUGUUUGUUGACUUUCAAAUGUAUCGAUCAGUCAGCUGUGCUACGGAUCUUAUAUUUUUCCUUAUUACUAGCGUCCAGAUACAGUACCUUCGGAGUCAUUUUGAUUAUCUUCUUGAAUAUUACUACCAAGUAUUUAGUACCACUUUAAAGAAAGCUGGAAUAGUGGACAGUAAAUACGGUUACGAUCAAUUUUUGGACAGUUUCAGAAGAGUAUCUGAACCUGUGGUCUAUCAAGUUAUAUUUAUGGUUCUAGGUAUUAUACAUCCAAACACGGAUGUAGGUGGAAACGACCAAAUGUACUCAGUGAGUAUUGAAAAUGUCAGCCAAACUGCAAAGGAUAAACUUAUUUUUAUGUUUCAACAGGCAUUUAAAAGAGGUUGGUUAGAAUAAAAUAACUUAAAUACCU